UAAAGAGAACAAAGAUGUCAGUGAGGAAAAACUGCCAGAACACAAAUUCCCUGGAUGGCUCAAUUUGAAACAAACGACUUGAGGAUGAGGGAAAUACCGUUAUUCAAUAUGCUAAUUUGUUUACACAGAAGAAUUGAGCAAGAGGGACUUUACCAAUGCACGUUGGCUUGAAGACCUCUCUUCCCACUAACACCAAAGCCAGGAGAGGUACCAACUCCUGAAUUUCAGCUGGAGAAGCGGCCACAGGAAUAAUCCUUAAAAGAAGAAGCGGGAAUUGGCAACUAGGCUGUCUUUGAAACUCAAAAUUGCAAAACAUAUGUCUGUCUUGGAUGUGCAUCUCUGAACCUCUCUUUCCUUCACUUCAGCACAAUGAAGCUUUUCAUAGGCCUUGUUUUCUGUUCCUUGAUCAUGGGAGUCAGCGGUGAAGGCUGGUAUUCGUUCUUCAAGGCGGCCGUGCAAGGGACUUCGGACAUGUGGAGAGCCUUCUGGGACAUGAAAGAAGCCAAUUACCGAAAUUCAGGCAGAUACUUCCGUGCUCGAGGGAACUAUGAGGCUGCCCAGAGGGGCCCUGGGGGUAUCUGGGCUGCAAAAAUCCUCAGCAACAUCGGGGAGUACCUUCAAGGAUUCUUACACAAGUUUUCCCUUGGAAGUGGCAGCUACGGGUUGGAGGACCAGGUGUCUAACCGGAAAGCUGAGGAAUGGGGCCGGAGUGGCCAAGACCCAGGUCGCUUCAGACCUGCAGGCCUGCCUAAGAAAUACUGAGUCCUGCUUCCUGUGCUCUCAUGGGGGCACAUCGCUCCCCUAAAACAGGGAAAUAGCAUCACUGAGCUUUGUCACCCCAGGAACUGAGACAGGCACACAGAGCUGCCCAAGAAAUGUUUGUGAAGCUGAAUAUGUUGAUGGAACCUGGAAUCUUUGAGACAGACUCUCGGGGAAGAAUGGCUGCCUGGCUCCCCAUGGAAGGUAAAAGCUCUGAGGAGGGUGAGCGUGUGACUGCAGGGUCCCAGGAACCCCAAGUGACCUGUACCCAUGCCCGUGCUCACACGACCCUGCUCAGCCCUGCUACUCUCAGGACCCCAGUUUCUCCUCCCGAGUGAGCCUGAGCUGGCAGAGCGCUGGCCACCACGCUGGGCUCCUCAGUGCCUGGGGGCGUGACUCUGGCACAAGCCCUGGGCAGCCCGACCCCCACUUUUUCCUCUGGUCCUGUGGCAGCCUCCCCAGUAUUUUGUUGCUGUUUCAGGCGUCUCUGUGUCCAGACUCUCCCCUGCCCAAUCAGUUGCAUCUUUGAAGAGGAAAAUUAGAAACUUGCACUCAGCUAAAAAUAACUUCAUGCUCCUUCUGCUUUUGUAAGAUAUGCUUGCUGCUCUGAGAAAGAAAUAAGAUGAGCUAGUGAUCAGAUGUAACCAUAAUGUUUUAAUAAAUAUGGGAUGUUCUGCACCUGCUCUUUCAAGUUUCUGUUUGGAAACUCCCAUGCUCUGUAACUGUGCGGGCAGCCCAUAGCAACCAAGGAACCAAUCUACCAAUGCUAACUGUAACCAUGUGCACUGACCCCUAUAAAAGUAA